AUGGCACAGCUGCCGCUGCUCAAGUCGUCAAGGUUCAGGCAGGUGCUCCCGUGUGCCGCCCUAGAACGGCUCGAGCUUGUUAUGCAGCGUCCUGACUCCGACACGCCGACCUUUCAAAUCGCAGAGCUGCUGCCGAGGCUGCGCAAGCUGACCAUUCGCCAGAGACUCAGUCAUUAUGACCCCAGGCCCAUCUUUCUAAGCUUCGCUUCUCUAACUCUCUUGGAGAGCUUGACCCUUACUGAGUGUUACCAGAGACGCGAUAAUCUGGCUUAUUACGACCUGCCGGACGAUAUCGGAUGCCUGCAUGCCCUCAAGACCCUCGUGCUGCACAGGCUGCCUCUCGUGUCCCUCCCGGACGCCCUCUGCCACCUGCCCUCCCUCGAGACAUUUGUCCUCGUCGAAUGCACCACCAGCCCGCACCUCCUCCAGCUGCCUGAAGCGUUCUGCUGCCUCACGUCGCUCCAAACCCUCGCCAUUCUGAGGAUGCCGCGGGUGAAGCUUCCAGAGAACAUAGGAGAGCUCUCAAGGCUGCACACGCUGUAUUUGAACGGUCAGACCCAGCAGCCGCGACUGCCGCUCUCCUUCACCCAGUUGACUUCGUUGACCAGGCUUGAACUGGCCCUGUGCACGAUUCAAGAGCUUCCCGAGGACUUGGGGAACCUCACUAACCUGCAGGAGUUGCACAUUCGUUCCUGCCCCCGGAUUCAGCGGCUUCCAGAGUCCCUCACAAGCCUCUCAAGCCUUGAAACCCUUACGGUUGAUGACUGUUUGAAGCUCACCUCGAUUCCCAGGAGGCUCGAUGGCCUCGGGAGGCUCAAAUGGCUGGAGCUGACUGGCUGCCCCGAUCAGACUCAACCUCCUGUGUGUCUGCCGAUCUCCCUCGAGGUCUUGAGUCUUGGAAACAGCUACCACGUGGCUGAUCUGCCAGACGUCUCCGUGCUGCCUUGGCUGAGAAAGCUCUCCUUGAAGCUGGUUGGAGCGCAGGAGAGGAUGGCUGUGGGCAGCAGCUUGGCGCGCGUGAAGCAGCUGGAGGUGGCGCUGCAGGAGGAGGCUGUGGAGCUGCCCUUGUCCCUUGCGCUGCUCCCCCAGCUGCACACGCUGGUCAUCUGGAACGCGGGGAAGAUGCAGCGGCUUCCAAGCGACAUGGGAUGGGCUGUGGCGCAGCUGAGGGUUGUGCAGAUCCACUGUGCGCGGGAAUUGAGGGAGCUGCCGGACAGCAUUGGCGCUGCAUCCCGCCUGCGCCAGCUGCACCUCUUUGACUGCCCCGCCCUGCACCACCUGCCCGCUUCCCUCACCCACCUUGCAUGCCUCCACCAGCUGCAUGUGGAGAACAGCGGCCUGCGCUGCCUGCCCUCAGGGUUUGCCCAACUGACCCGGCUGCGCAGUCUUAGUGUGCGUGGCUGUGUGCGGCUGGAGUGUCUGCCAGAGGAUCUCUCGCAGCUGAAGAUGCUGCGAUCAUUGAGUGUUGGAAACUGCAACAAGCGUGUGUGCCCUGGGUGGGACGAAGUCCUGGAACCUCGUGGGCUUCAAGAUUUGUAUGGAUUGAAAAUAGACCGUUCUUGA